AAGAUUAAAAAUUUUAAAAUUCUAAUUGAGUAUUACUACAAUUGUUUUUUAGAUAAAAAUAAUUAUUACUACAGCUAUUUAGUAGAAUGGAAAAAUGAAAGAGAUAAUGUUAUAACUCUUUUUGAGGAUUUGUUUAAGGAAUAUCAAGGGUUAUACGGUACUGUACAAGAAGAAACAACACCACCUCCGCCCCCGAAAUCAAAAAAAGAUUUUGCUGGCAUAGUCGGUGGCCUUCUUGCAAAGAAAGGGAAACGUGCCUAGUCUUCGACGAGUUCAAGUGGUACAAUAGUAAGCUCGCACAACGAACUUGCUAUGUACCAGGGUGUGCCAUGCGAUUACGAUGACGACGAUGUCGAUUUUGACGUGCUCGGAUGGUGGAAGUGGAACGAACACAUGUUCCCAUGUCUCGGCAUGCUAGCAAGACAAGUGUUGUCCGUCCCAGUAUCAACCGUAGCAGUUGAACGAGAAUUCAGUGCUGGCGGCAACAUUCUAACCGACUACCGAAGUUGUCUUAACGCUGAAUCUCUGGAAACACUGACCAAGGUAUCAGGUACGCUUCUCCGCUAGCGUAUUAGGGAAGCUUCGCCAUAGAGAUCUCCACCAGCGUCUCAUUCUUCCGUCUAUCACACCCGCUUCACAAUCUUCAUGUUUGUUUAGUAUCAAUGGAGAAAAAAUAUCGAGAUCUCCACCAGCAAUAGUGAAGGUACGUUAACGGCUGUCCGAAUUCAGUGGAGGACGAACUCGAAGGUUGUGGCUAGGUAUGUUGGCGAUAGAUUCUGACGAGAAAGACUUAGCCUAGCAAGACCACCAGUUACAGGUCUUCUACUUCAUUCUCUUUUUCUUCUUAUAUUUGAUUCUCUACUUAAUGGGCUAUCUAAUUUUGUAGUUGAAAAAAAAGAAAAUGAUUUUGGCAUCUAGAUUGCAUGCUAUGUGUUUGAUGAAAUUCCUCAACGAAGCUUCUAGGAGUGGGAGAAGCGUGAGUUUUUAUUCUUUUUACAUUAAAUAAAGAUGUGAAUUUUUCCUUUACUUCCGUUUCUUUUGAGAUUAUUUUCUCUGAUUUCACUCAAAGAUCCAUCUAUUUAUCAUUCAUCAUAAUGCUAGAUGAUGUUGGGAUUUUUUUGUUUACGAGAUGUUUGAAAAAUGCUAGAAACCAAUACCAGCUAUGGCAGCUAAAAUGUUUUUUAUGUCAGCAAUAUGGCAGCUAGAACAUCGUGCAAUUCCAUCCGCAAUAACGUCAUAUCAGCUCCCCAGUUAAUAUUGUCUUCCGGAGAUGCAGGUGGUUUUAUAUCCUGGAGAUGGUCGGUAUAAAAUUUUUUGUUUUAUUUUGUCAAAUCUGGGCUUCUCAAAACCAUAGAAAUGCAAGCAGAAUAGGUGACAAUUGAUGGUUUUGUGAACUAUGCAAUUUGUGCUUUCUCCACAAGUAUGGUUUAUAGAUACUGUGUGCUGGGUAUAUCUUGGUCCCUAUUAUUCUAUGGAUUGUUUGGAAUCGUGUAUAAACCUGGCUGCAUAUUAUGAAUGCAUUUCAUAACACUAAAUGUAAUACGACUAAUUGCUCUACUGUCUCCAAGUUUUUUGUUCCAUUUUCGGGUUUGGGUCAAUUUAGCUCUAGGUUUGGAAAAUUUGGGUCAAUUUUCUAAUGUUUCAUGUUUUUCUAUUUUCUAAAUUAGGCAACUCUAUUUAAAUUUAUAAAUUUAGUUUCUUAUUUACAAAUGAACUACAAGAAAGUAUCAGUCUACAUUCGAGAGCGUGUUGUUUGAUUUGGUUUGGUGGUCUACUCUUAAAUCAACAACUUAACAUGCAAUACAUAUUAUAAAGUUACAUUCUAGAUUUUUCUAGGGGGGGGGGGUGAUGCUAGGUAGGAGGGCUCUAUUCAAGGUAGACUUUAUUUUACAAGCAACCGCGAUCUUUGGAGAAAUUGAGGGCGGUGGGGCUCACAACGGGUAGUGCAAAAAUAUUGUGAUAUUUUUUUGUUAUUUUUGCUCAGUUUUGGCUCUCUUUCAUCUCUACAUCUCCUUUGUUCAUUUUUAAUUUUUUUCCAUAUUCUAAGUAGGUAUGCUUAUUAUUGUCAUACAUGCAAAAUGCAUUUUCUCUAUUUGGUUACACAAAGUAAAUUAACAUCAUGUAAGUUUAUUGCUAUUAGAAAGACAAACUACUUUACUCUAAUGACUAUAUUCUUGAUUAGUUGAGAUUAUGAUUACUGUUACAGUUAACUUAUCAUCAUUCGUGAUUAAGUUUCUCUAUUAUUCAUUUCCAUUUGUAUUCUCACAGGUCAUUGUUGCUGCCCCCAAGAUGGUUGAAAAUCAAUGGGAACAUGUCAACACGAUACACUCAUGCACAUGGUGUACGCAUUCACCUAUCUCAAAGACAUGAGUAAAAAGUGAGAAAAAAUAGGUAGAAAUACUUUGUUUAAAUUUAUUUAACUCAAUUUGUCCUUUUAUGUUGUUGAAAGAUUUAGUUGAUAAUAUCAAGUUACUGGCAACAUUAUCUUCAGAUGUUAAAAGUUUAGUGAUUAAGGGUUCAAUGAUUGUUCAGUUGUACUCAUACUGAUAAU